ACAGGAGGAAAUAUACUCAGCAAUGAGUCACUGUACUCACUUGUCUGUGAUUCGUUCUCACUCUCUCCGUCACACACUUCUUAGUUUCAGUACACAGAGUGUUGUGUGUAGAUGUAAAAGACCUGCAGGACUGUUGGUCCAUGCCUGUACAGGACAAGUUGAUAGACCCACAAUGCAUGUGAGACAUGACCAACGAAGCCCACUGGGAUAACUCAACCAGAAUGCACAGCAUGGAGCCAACAGCCAGCUGUUCCCCCACAGUACCAGAGCCAGAACUCUACCGCAGCAUCCAGGCUGUGCUGCCCAGGGAAACAGACAACCAGCAGCCUUCUGACUGUUUCAACAAAGGCAUGCUGAGAUGGACACUUCAUAAGAAGGUCCAAAACAAUCCUACCAACAGCUUAUCUCUUGUGUGGUUGCUGAUAAAAGAGCUGGAAAAGGCUGAGAGAUGGGACUCUCGCAGAUGCAUAAUACCUCUGCUCCACACACUAAUGUACGCCAUUAUUCAGUCAGCCUACAUUCCAGAUGAGCUGUACAAGCGUGUCUAUGACUUUUGUAAGAGACUCCUGACGUUCCCUCAUCCCUACUGCACUGUAGGCCUCAGCUACACAAGACAGAUAAAAACGGAACGCUCCAUUCCAGGUCUGAUGUACCAGAGGAUGGUCACAGCAGAGCAGAGACUAAAAAAUGAGCACUAUCCCUUUCAGGAGAGGGUCUUUGUUCUGGCUGACCCAGAAGUCUUCUCCGGUUCUUUGGGACAAGUCCUGUUUGGUGAUAUUGAGACGUCCGCUUCAGUUUCAGAUGGAUCUCUGAGUCCUCUAGAUUACAUGUGCAGGGUGGUCCAACACUCCAUACAGGCUGCUUUAGGAGCAGAGCAGUGCCACGGGCCGAAACUGGCUCAAGCUCUAAAGGACAUGGGUCAAGACGUUGAGUCGCACUUUCAGGAAGUGUUGGCGGCUCUUGAGCAGAGCGCGGAAGAGGGCGGCACAGGGGAGGGGGGAGCGCUGAGGAGCCGUCUUCAGCAGCUGUACAGCAAUAUCGUCAAGGAUCCAAACUCAGAGCCAUUGUCCAGGGGAGGACUGUGCGACUGCCUUCUUCCUAACCCAGAGAUGAGCUACUACCUUUGGACGGAGGAUCUGGAUAUCUGGCGAGAGCUGGCCAAGUGGGUUCGAUCCAGCUCCAUGUCGGAGCAGUUUUCCCUCAGCCAGGAGCAGGAAGACUUUGAGCUUGGUGAGUCGCCCAGCGACCUGAUGCCAUCUGACAUGACGCGCUUCUCUGUCAUGUCCAACGACAGCGGCAUCGAAAGAGACCUGCCCCCUGGCGUUGAUCCCUCGCCAUCGUCAUCUUUGGACACAGCCAGCAUUAGUGCAUCAUGGGAACAAUGCAAAACGACCUGGAGUAUGAUAAGUAAAUCUUUUCCUUCUCCAAGUAAUCAAGGGUCAAUGAGGCUGUCACGGCGUGGAGGCAUCAAGAUGAAACCAUCUGUGAAGGACAGUAUGUUGCUGAUGCAGGACACCCUGGAAGAUCAUGCUAGCCAUGGAACCGGAGGAGGAGGAGGAGGAGGAAGUGGAGGUAAGGUAGGAAGAAGAGGGGCGACUCUACAAAGGCGGGCAGGAAGCAGCGCGAUGCAGAACCCCUUCCUCAAGCAGCAGAGACACUUUACUGCCAGAAUAGUCGCCAUGGGAGACGACAGGGUACUGGGCCGCCUGGCCAAAGCCUACUAUUUCUUCAGGAAAAGGGAAGCGCGGAGGCUUUUUCUCACAAUGAAAGUAAACCUCCAGUUUUACUACAUCCCUGUUUGCAGGGCCACAACUCCUAUCUCCUCCAUCAAAGAAAACCUCCAUCAGUCCAUGGGGAAUCCCUGCACUCUUGGUUCUUACUUGAGCAUGGUGGACCCAUGGUACAACUCUAACAUCAAGAGUUUAGGCUGCAUGAUCCCCAAACUGGCUAAGAUGCACCAGACAAACCCAGGGAGGCCAAAAGAGCCUUUUGUGUCUGAUGUCAUAUCCUACUACGUUCGUACCGGCCAGCAGCCUGUCUACUUCACCAUAUACUUUGUUAAGAUCACAUUCACCAACAUGGCAAAGGAUCCUGUGGAAAAUGUGUUUCUUACUCAUCUAGAAAUGGAGUUUCCUGAGUUCCGACAGAUCUCAGCGUCACUUAGAGAAAAGCAGAAAAAGAGCUCAGGGGAUCUAUGCGGGGCUGUUAUCUCGAUGAAUUACAGAAAGGUGACAUUAAGUGGCCGAGACAUUGACAAAGGAAUCUCCGUCAGGACAACCGGCGCUCAGAUCAAUGCUAUUCCUUCCAAUGAAGCAGAAGAUCUGAACUGUUUGACACUGACAUUGAAUGAAUCUCCAACAAAAACUAAAAACAGCAUUGUGUCACAGGAGUCAAAGUUUCGGUCCAGCAACAUUAAGAUUCGCACUUUGGAGAGUCGAUCUUUCACUGUUACACUGGACAGAGAUUGUCGCAGGACAUACAGAGACGUGCAGAGCUUAGAGAUCUCCCCGUGUCUUGAUCCCGGAUACUGCGUCCAGAAAACCAUGCUGUCCAAAUACAAGUUGGGAGCGGACAAAGAUGCUGGACUGAGCAAAUACAUGAGCAAAAGACUUCUUCUACCAAUCAACACAUUUGCUGGCAUCAUCACCUGAUGUGGUGGACUAACUCCACAGUGAAACUUUGAGAAUUGAGACCAUCCACGCUAUGUUUUGAUGGUGGACCAACGGAACACCUUUGAGCCACACUGAGCUGCUCCAAAACCAUUUUUUUUUUUUUAUUCAGUCAGUCUGGACUGACUAGCAUGUAUGGAAAAAGACUUUACUAUCAAAAGCACCACAUUCCAUAUUUGUCACACUUAGCUAAAUAACAAGUUGGCUUCUUUUACAGUAAUAGGAACAAAAUGGUGUGUAAUACCGUUUUAUUUGCUGUGCAAGGUGUGACCAAACUCCUUACAGUGUUUCUGUACCACUGUAUAUAUAUUUAGAUUGUCAGUAAAUGCAGAUUAGAUUGCCAAAAAACAGUACAGCCUUUGACACUAGAGAUACAUUAGGGACAAAUCAGUAAGCAAAAGGUAUGUACCUGUAUACGUUAAAGAUUUCAGGGCUACUGAUAUUUACAUCACUAAUAAUUUGACAUC